AUGAUUACUCGGCUUUCAGCCAUAGCCAUCAGUGCUUCUAUCCUCUGCAUUCCACUUGCAUUUUCCCUCUCGCCAUCAGACAUUCCACCAGACACGCCAAUCGCCUCGCUCGUUUCUUCUGCCAAAGCCCAGCUUGCUGGUGGGAACGCAAAUGAUGCACUUACAUAUUUUGACGUAGCAAUAGCAAGAGACCCAAAAAAUUAUCUCACAAUCUUUCAGCGUGCACUCUCGAUCAGGCCAGAUUUUGAAGGCGCAUUGCUGCAAAGGGCAAAGAUAAAGAGCAGGAAUGCAGAAUGGACAGCGGCGAAAGAGGACUAUCAGAAGGCCAAAAAGAUAGACACACCCGAAUACACAGCUUUAGAGGAAGCAUCAGGUGCUGCAGGAUUGGCGGCAGACGCAGAAAAAGAGGGAGACUGGGAAAAUUGUGUGGGACACUCUGGUAUCGCUAUACUGGUGGCCAGCACAUCACUGAGACUGCGCCAAAUACGAGCGAGGUGUCGUUUGGAGCGCGGGGAGGUCUUGGAAGCUUUGAGCGACAUCCAACACAGCAUAAAGUUAGCACCCUCAUCGAUUUCACCACAUAUGCAGAUCUCAGCAAUGAUGUUCUUCUCAAUCAAUGAUAGAGAGAAGGGAAUUGAGCAAAUGAAAAAAUGCAUGAGAUCAGAUCCAGAUUCGAGACCGUGCAGCAAAAUGCUAAGGAGAGAAAAGCAGAUGCAUAAGGCGCUUCAACAGGUCGAGAAGCUGAGCGAAAAGAAGCAAUACAAUAGUGCCGUCAAAUUAUUAGUGAAGACGGGUGAAGAGCCUGGCUUGAUCGACGAGGUUAAGGAGGAGGUGAACAUAGCGAAAGAAGCUGGAUACAUUCACAAGAACUCCCCAAAUGAGUUAUACAACAAAUUGAUUGAGACAGCUUGCGAAUUUUAUUCUGAGAUGUCCAACAAAAAGAAGGCUGCGCCAUACUGCGAGGAAGCUCUCUCACAAAAUGAAUUUUCUCUCCACGGCCUUUUACAUAAAGGGAAGACCCAAUUAGACUCCGAAGAGUUCGAGUCCGCUAUCGACACUCUCAAUACAGCCAACGAACACCAUCCCCAAGCAUCUCAAGAGAUACAGCCUCUUCUUCAGAAAGCGCAUACCUUGCUCAAACGAUCGAAAACGAAAGACUACUACAAAGUGUUAGGUGUGCCCACUGACGCCGAUGAGCUGGCAAUCAAGCGGGCUUACAGGCGAAUGACAAAGCAACAUCACCCUGAUAAGGCAUUAAUUCAAGGCGUAACGAGAGAAGAAGCGCAGAAGAAGAUGGCGUCCAUCAACGAGGCGUAUGAGGUCCUAAGCGACCCUGAGCUAAGGACACGGUUUGAUAGAGGCGACGAUCCGAAUAAUCCAGAGCAGCAACAGGGCGGACCGUUUCACGGAAGCCCUUUUGGACAGGGUCCAGGAGGACAGCAAUUUUUCUUCCGGCAAGGCGCUGGUGGUGGAGGCGGCCAGCAGUUCAAAUUCCAACAAGGUGGCGGAGGAUUCCAAUUCCCAGGUGGCUUUUGA